UCUCUCUCUCUCUGUUCCCCAUCCCUCCCUCCCUCACACUCUCUCUUCUCCUCUCUCCUUCCCUCUCACUCACAAGGAUCUCUCAGAGAGCAUGAGAAGACGUAACUGAGUGGACAUUCACGCCUGGACACUGAUGACCCGCAGAGGACAACGGCGCAGCUGAGAUUUUCUGCACAUUUCUACACAUACAGCUCCACUCGGCACCAUGACCAGGAAGGUGUUCACCAACACGAGGGAGCGCUGGCGCCAGCACAACGUCAACACUGCCUUUGCCGAGCUCCGCAAGCUCAUCCCCACCCAUCCUCCGGAGAAGAAGCUGAGCAAGAACGAGAUCCUUCGUCUGGCCAUGCGCUACAUCAACUUCCUGGUGCAGCUGCUGGAGAGCCAGAGCGGUCAGCCAGCCAGCCACUCCCCCACCACUCUGCUCACCUUCCUCAGAGGAAACAUGGAGCAGCUGCACUCCCCUCCACACACCUGGGCCCUGACCAGUGACACAGAAGUCCCCUCACCUGGAUCCAGCUGCGACAGCUCUGAGGCCUGGUAGAGCCACAGCCACAAAAUACAAAAAAAUUAAUCAAAAAAUGUGGACGUUGUGUGACCCUUUUCUUGGGUUUAAAAACUGAUCUCGUCCUUCCUCAAGACUCAUUCUUGCCCGUGUGUGACUUGUGUUUGAAUGCAGAAGAUGCAAUAUUCUGUGAUAUUUGGUGGACUCCACAUGUGGUGGAACAUGUGGGCACAGCCUCCAUACUGAUCAGUGUUGAAAUAUGAUCUGCGGGUGAAAAAUUAAUUUGUAUUUUGCAUGGAUGUACAAUAUUCCCUUCAUGUCUUCAUGUUAAUAUUCCUUGUUGCCGGCCGCCUGGAACUAAUUUAGUUUUGCAAUGAGAGGCUGUUUUGCCGAUGAGGAAAAUGGAGGGGAUUAAGGAAUUUCUCAUUUCAAGCAAUAGAUUCAGCAUUUGAAUAGAUAAUGGCUCAGCCAAUUCUCCAGACUGCAAUCGUCUCAAAAUAGCCAUGGGCACUUUUUUUUUAAAUCGACAUGCUGUUUUUUUUCUUGAGAAGACUAAGUCUGACCUUUAUGUGUAUUUAUCAAGGUUAUGUGACUUCAGAAGAAUCAGUUCUGAAAAGGACUUCAGUAUUUGUUGAUUACCAACUUUGUGGUACUUGGGACUUGGCUGAGGAACUUUGGCAAAACUGACAAUCCUCUUAUAGUAAUUCCACGAUUGACCACACAAAUGUAAUUUUAUUUAAAUGCAUUUUAAUUUGAGUUUUUGUAAAAUACGCAUGUCAUAUAGCCAAAGAUUAUGAAUUGAUUGUCUACUGUGAAGAGUGUGCUAAUUAUCUUCUGAUACCUCUUUUGUAAGUUAUUUUGAUUUGCUUGUGAAUAUACAGUAUGUUAUUUAUUUGAACUAUUUAUUUAAUAAAUGAUUUGUUAGUAACGCUUUCUGAAUCUUGGUACUCGAAUCAUUACAAACAAAAGUAAUUUGUACAGCAAGAAACACUUCAGAGGUACCAAACAUUUAAUUUCUGAGCAGACCCCAUACUAUUUACUAAAUCUAAAUUUGGAGUUGAGGUGGGUUCACACUGAAACUAUGUAAGUAUAAGUUUACUUUGAACGUUCAAACCGA